UUGAAUUUUGCUGUCAUGUCAGUCGUGCGGUUUUUCGUGUUUGCCUGUUAAAAAUUGAUAAAAAGGACACAAAUAACGGUUCUCCACCACCUUAAAUUUGUUUAAAACCCAUAAUUGAAUUUGUGAAUAAUUCGCAAUGGAGCCUAUGACACUGGGAAGUCCAACACACUCCCCAUCAGGGAGCCCUAACGUGGGGUACUUGCCCCCAUUUCUUUUGGGAGAAAUAAACCCGCCUACCACCCCUCGAACAAACAGUUUGUCACCUACAAAAGGCCGAAGUCUGGCUUUCGGUUCACCUACAAGCCCAUCGCAGACAUCAACGCCAGAACAACAAAAAAUAUUUCGACAAAACAGCAUACCUAUGCAUCAGCAGGCUCUAUACAACCAACAGAACAUGUUUUCUCAAAUACCCACAUCACCAAACAUUUCAUACUCGAGCAAGCCUAAUGGACCACCCAUAGAAGAUUUAUUUGACACUAUAAAGAGUAAUGAACCGUCUAUGAACAAAUCAACAUUCCAAGACCAUAGUUUCCUAGGUUAUGGAAACAACCACUCUUUAUAUCAGAAUUCAUAUGUAAAUAAUGUAAAUGCAUCAGUAAACAAUCAAUCUAUGAACACCCCAUGGCAAGAUGGUUGUCAGGAACAGGAUGAAUAUUGGGUGACAGUUUUUGGAUUCCCUCCUAAUGCUGCAAAUACUGUUUUGGCUAGAUUUAGCAACUGUGGAGCCAUUCUUGACAAACAGUACCCUACCCAAGGCAACUGGGCGCACAUCAGAUACGCAACAAGAGCUGAGAAGGAGCGUGCCCUGGCUCUGAGUGGUCGCCAGGUGUUGCCUGGAGUCAUGGUGGGGGUGGUGGAGUGCCGGGAGCCACCGCGCGUCGCUGUCACCAGCCCUAAUGCUUCAUGUCUUGAGAGACCGUCAAUUGGAGCAAGAUCUCUAUGUCCGACACCUAUACCGUCAGCACCAGUCCCACAGAGAUCCAGCGGUCUUAUCUCCAAGGCCUUAGACUAUGUGUUGGGCUGGUGACAAACAAUACAAGAUGUUUGGUCUAAAAUUGUCAAUGACCAACUAGUUAAACUGGAAUAAUGUGGACAUUGUUUCUAAAUGUAAAUAAUUGAAUUGUCAUGUAACUAGAAUUAUGUAAAACCUGAAUGAAAAUAAAAAAUAGAAUAACAUUAA